AUGGAAUGUGUAGAAUUUGAUAGACCCUUUGCCACCAUGCAGACUUGUGAAUUAAAAUAUGUGCAAAAUGCUGGUCAGUACACUAUAGAUAUUCACACCCGAUUGCAUAAAAUACCGGUGACCAGUGUCUCGAUCAAUUUGGAAUUUAUGCGGAAAUCUCUUAACAUUUAUCGUCCCUAUUUGUACAAUGUCUCGGUGGAUUUUUGCAAAGUUUUGAAAAAUAGCAAACGUUUCCAUAUCAUUAAGAUGAUUGUUCAAACAUUGGCCUACAAUUCAAAUGUUAAUCAUACAUGUCCUUAUAAUCAUGAUAUUAUUAUGCGUAAUAUGGCUUUGAAAAAAGAAAUGUUUGAACGUUUCCCCUUAAGCGAUGGUGAUUUCUUGCUAAAUGUACGAGUGGGUGCCUAUAACGAGUGGAAAGCCUUUUUUACAUACGGACACUACAAAUUUACAAAUGUUAAAUGUUUAGAAUAUGACAAACCAUUUGCCACUAUACCAAUUUGUAAAUUGAAAAUUGUGCAACGCGGUGUCGUAGCCUUUGACUUGCAUGUCAAAUUGCAUCAAGUUCCGGUAAACAAUGUCUCGGUUAAUGCGGAAUUAUUAAAGAAAGCUAAUGGUUAUCGGCCUUUUUUGUAUAAUGUUUCGGCGGAUUUUUGUCAACUGAUGAGAAAUGGUAAGAAAUUUCCGUUCUUAAAUAUUUUCAUCUUGCUGCUGGCUAAAGAUUCCAAUAUUAAUCAUACGUGUCCUUAUGAUCACGACAUCAUAGUCAGACGUUUAGUCUUGAGGGAUGAUAUGUUUGCAGUUAUGCCUUUGCCAAAUGGUGAUUAUCUACUUAACAUCCGAGUGGGGGCCUAUAAUGAUUGGAAGGCAUGUGUUAAAGUUUAUCUCAAAGUGUAUGGAUAA